CCAACGACGAUGUGGUCAACGCUAGCUGUAGUUCUCUGCGGUCUGCAGGCUGCACAAGCUGUCAACGUGUAUCUCUACCCUCCUCAAACCUUUCUCCGUGGCGAAGUGGGCGCAGAGGACGCAAGUGCGGCCCUGUCACGCCAUUUAGGCCUGGAGAUCUUCGAGCCUUUGCGCGAUAGCUCUGUGCUGGACUACACUGAAGAGUUUUUCGUUGGGAAGGGCCACAGUAAUGUUCUGCUUUUGACCAUGGAUCACGAAGACGCGCGAGCUCUGCACUUGCCGUCCUCUCUACGCCCCUCAUUCGAAAUCCUCACUCCCCCUUCGUCUCCUGUUCGCUCUCUUUCUUCUGUUAUCUCGACAUAUAUGCAUCGUGCGAAGCACGUCUACAGUUCGAUCUACUCCUCAGACCCCUUUUCGCAAAGUCGGCCAGCAUGGUUCACCGCUGAAUUGGACACCGUCAGGUCCCUUUUCAUUGAUGCAAAGUCCUCUGCAUUCGCCGCUGCCGAGCUCUCCGGUCUCUCCGAGCUGCGGGCUGCGCACGGUAUCCACAGUGACGAAUACCGUUCUUCCGUCAGUGCGACACAGCAGCUACUUGAUUUCGCCGUCGACAACGAGAUUCGCGUCGCUCUCCUCACGUUUUCGGUGCCGACUUCGACUCCGGCCAAGCGCGAUGCCGAGCCCCAGCCAUCUCAGGCACCGUUCCCCCGUCCUCCGCCCCAGUCGCCCAUGGACUCUAUCUCCACGUGCCAUUCCACGGUUGAUGCAUGCACCAACGCAACUUCGUCGUGCUCGGGCCGUGGCGAAUGUCUGGCUGCGACCAAACUCGGCAACACGUGCUUCGUCUGUAGCUGCCGCAAUUCGCGAGCCGGAACCGGGAACCAAGUAAAGACUGACCGCUGGGUUGGAGAGAGCUGCGAGCGCAAGGACGUCAGCGGUCCUUUCGUUCUUUUUGCUGGCACGACAAUCGUGCUUCUGAUCGUCGUGGCCGGAUCUGUGUCUCUGCUGUACAGCAUCGGCAAUGUCGAGCUUCCCAGCGUGCUUUUGGGCGCAGUUGUAAACGCCAAGAAGGACUGAUGCACCGAGGUGCUCUGAAAGUGGACGCUCUUGUAAUACCUUGCAAGCUUUGGGUACAUGCAACUCGUGCAAUACAUUAAUAGCAAUGGAUCCGUCUUGGAUUAGCUCUAAAUAUAACAAGCGCUUCAGCGCUUCUGUGCCCACCCCUUCAUGAUUUGCUGGUUAGCACAGCUACCGAUAGGUUCAGGUCCCGGUACAUCCUCCACGCCGAGCUCGAAUCCAAUCCAUACACAAAUGAAUGCGUAUAAGGGUAUAUACGUUCGACCCACGGGCAGUGAAUGGGCUCGUCACAAGUCUAAAUAGGGUUAGAAUUAUUGCCUUUUUUAGAGCACAGGUGUUUCGGGCCAGAUGAUGCCAGGCGUGAGAAAAUCUUCCUUCGUUCCGACUUGCCGUCACUCUGGGCUCGCUGUGUCCAUCAUGACCUCCAGCAACGGCAUGAAGCCGGUGACCCCAGAGUCGAUAUACUUCAACCCUUUCGCUACGGAGACUCGAGGGACGACGGCCCUCGACCUGUCCUACGGUUCCGAGCGCAACCUGCGUCCCGCUGUGCGGAGGAGAGGGUCCGGGACGGACAGCGUGGCAACAGCCGAAGGCUCCUCGGGCCCAAUCAAUGGUUUUCGACAUACGCGCCUGCGGACAGAGGGCACUUCCUCCACGGCGGUUGUCGCGGGCGGGCACCACCCUUUGGGGAGCGCUGAUCUUUCGUCGGGCUUUCGCGCUGGAGUGGAUGUGACGAGGCCGCAGCUGACCCGUGUCCUGAACAUCCCUCCUCUCGUAGAUGCCCCGUUAAUUCCCGGCGCGGACAUGAUCGUGGCAGAGCCGGCUGUUGACGAGAGGAUCGUUUUGGUGCAUGAGGUGACUUCGAAGGACUCCUUGGCUGGAGUGGCACUCAAGUAUGGCAUCAACUUGGCGGAACUGCGACGCGCGAACCAACUAUGGACCUCCGAUAGCAUCCACCUGCGCAAGGUCCUCUAUAUACCCAUAGACAAGACAUCUCGACCCAAGGAGCUGCUUCCUCGUGACGACAACGUGUCAUCACCGGCGUCCAGUCCGCCUUCCACGAUCCGACGAAUACCCGCCUCGCAGCUAUCCUUCUUUCCUCCCUCGCAACGCAGCGAUCCCCCCUCAUCUCCGACCCCACGAUCAAGGCCUGUCCACUCCCACCAUGCUCGGUAUGCGACGACACCGGGCGCAGCCCCGGCAGUGUCCACAUCCCCCUCCUUCAGCUCGAUACUAGCAGCAAGGGACACCAUCAUAGCUCGGCUCUCGUACGAUAGCACGAGGACAAGUAAUUCCAGUUAUUCGGAUCACGACGAAGGACAUGAGCUCAACGACGUUCGUUUCUCGCUCGAUUCCGCUCUCCGUCCUCUCGCGAGGAACAGCGUAACGCAUACCCGCGCGUCAUCGGCAGGCGGCAAUACCUCCUACCCUCGGUCUGGUCCGCCACGCACCGUCCAGCUGGAGCCUUCACCUGCCAUGCAGCUUCCGUCGUUUGCGACCUUUGGACGGAGCUCAAAGAGGCAUGCUACCCCGGUCUAUGAGGGCUUCGACCUGUUGGGGCUGAGGAGUGGUGAGGGCGAGGGCGAGACGGUGGAUUUAGAUGAUUCAUGACCCCGGAGGUCAUCAUUCCCAUGUCGAAAAUCCAGAUCGCAAUGGAGAGUGGUGGAUGCACAAUCUGCGGUCAAUGGAAGGCAGGGAUGGGUGUAUCAUUAGUCACGAACUGGGCGAAUCAAAUGUAUAUUACAUGUGGCCUAGGGGAAGCAUUUUCAUGAGUCGCAGUUGGUACCUAGCGCCGUGCGCAUCGAUGGCUUUCUGCACUGUCAGGUAAGGUGAAGUUGGGUUCUGGGCAUAUGGCAAGACCGAUCACCUGCCAACGUCUGGAUCCCGUUCGACAUGUCCACACAGGCAUGAAGCUUCUUUACUUAUGGACCAGGAUUGAUUAAGUUGGAGAGAUUGAAUGAUCUUUACCCCACGCUGGGACAUCUUGAAAGUAACUUUCCCGGGUCUACGAUUGUGGAAGCAGACUCUGACUUCGAUCCGCAAUCCGUGUGAAUGUGUUAGUGAUUUCAGAGAUACGAGUCCGUGUAAAUUACACAACAGACUAAUAAAUCGUAUUAAUACCA